AUGUCAUAUUAUCAAGCUAUUAAAAUCACUGUGUUAACGACAGGAGUUUAUGCUAUUCGGUGCAGUAGUACCAUAGAUACAUAUGGCUAUAUGUACAAUAGCACUUUCAAUCCUGUCGAUCCGAAUCAAAAUCUGCUGUCAUCAGAUGAUGACUCCGGAGGCAAUGAUCAGUUCAUGCUCGCAAAUAUUCUUCAACCUAUGACAAAGUAUAUUUUGAUUGUAACAACAUAUGCUAAAAGUGUUACGGGACGCUUUACACUCAUUGGAAAAGGUCCAGAUUCGAUUAGUUAUUCACUAGUGAACUCAUCAACAAUGCAAUCGAGCUAUUCAUCGUCGCUGACGAAAAAUAGUCAAGUAUAUACUCGACCGAAUGCGUCGAUAGGAUCAAUCUAUUAUUGUCAAGCUUUUGCAGUCAAUAUAUCAACGACAGGAAUUUAUGCUAUUUUUUCCGAUAGUACCAUGGAUACAAUUGGUUAUAUAUACAAUAGCACUUUUAAUCCUGCAGGUCCAAAUCAAAAUCUCCUGUUAUCGAAUGAUGACUCUGGAGGCAAUGAUCAGUUCAUGUUCAGCACCACUUUUCAAGUUAUGAUGAAGUACAUAUUAGUUGUAACAACAUAUAUAUCGGUAACAACAGGGAAAUUCUCACUCUACGGACUUGGUGGAAGUUUGAUUAGUUUUGUUCCAUUUAAUAUAAUAAAUAAUGUAUCGAAAGUGGCAUCAAACUAUUCAUCAACUUUGAUUACUAAUAGUUCGCGCUUUUGUCGCACAGGUAAUUGCUCAGCAUCAAUAUAUUAUUAUCAAGCCAUUCAACUUAACGUCUCCACAACUGGAACAUAUACGAUUUUAUGCUCUAGCACUAUGAAUACAUAUGGAUAUUUGUACAACAACACUUUUAACUCAUCAUCUUUAAGUUUAAAUCAAUUUGCAUCAGAUGAUGAUAGUGGAGGUAACAACCAGUUUAUGUUCUUGAUUCUUCUUCAGGCUGUAGGAAAGUAUAUUUUGAUUGUAACAACGUACAAACAAAAUGUAACAGGUUCAUUUUCAAUCAUAUCCACGGGUGCCGGCACUGUUCGUUAUGUUAAACUAUAG